AUGGAGCUUCCCACGACGAUGAAACAAUGCCAACUAUUCACUUACAUUCUGCUUUACCAACUACUUGUCAUACUCCAUGUCUCCGCAGUCCCGCGCCCGCAAGCUGGCCAGCUCGAAACAAUACUAACACUCGUUUCCGCUGAAAGCUCAACCGAUAAUGGCUCGGCCAUUGAAAACACCACGCGGGACCCAGCGUUAACUACACUCCGAACAUCAUCAUCAAUAUCAGGGCUCCAGAUCGAUAUCUCAAGCUCAAGUUCAGUCGUUACUAUAAACGCCACGCUCCUCAUCUCAACAAUCGUUAAUAACGAGACCUCCCGCUCCGCGCUCACAUCCACCAGCGUCACCAGCUCGACGAGAUUCUACACUAUCGACACCUCGACACCUCCACCCCCAUCACCACCACCACCACCUCCACCAACACAAUCACCACCACCAACUACCGAGUACACCGCUACAACCACUCCCACCCCCACAGCCACAGCCACAGCCACAACCACAGACUCAUCCACCGCCCCAACAAGCACAAGCACCGAAGAGCCACUCCGCUACCAAGGGAUCUUUGGCCUGUCCCUGUGGGCCAAGAUCGUGAUACCCCUUUCACUCGCGAGCGCGGUGGGGUUCGGCGUCUUCCUGUGCGUGGCGCAUAGGAAGAACAUGAGGCACAAAAAGGCGCUGGCCAUCGCGUCGGGGGAGAGUACACCUGUUAUGCGGGAGGUGCACGUGGGGACGUUGGGGAGGCGAUUGACGCUGUGA